AUGUUACAUAAUAAUAAUAAGGAAAAACUACAACGCGCCAAGAAAUCUCAACCUUGGCUACCUUCCAACAACAACAACAAAGAUGAAGAACCAAAAGUUGUAUUAAUCACGGGUGCUUCAAGUGGAAUAGGAGAAUCGUUAGCUUAUGAGUUUGCAAAACAUAAAUCAAUCCUGGUAUUGUGUGCACGUAGGAUUGACUUGUUAACAAAUGUAGUAGAAAAGAAUUGUAUGUCAUUGGGCGCAACAAAAGUUAUUAGUGUUAGGACAGACGUUACCAAAGAAGAAGAUAUAAAUAAAUUAAUAGCAGUUGUUGAAACCAACACAGCCACUAAUGGUAGAAUUGAUUGCUUGGUAUUAAAUGCUGGUGUUUCCAUGGGUGAGACGUUAGAAAGUCUUAAAGAUUUUGAAUUGAUCAAAAAUAUAAUGGAUGUAAAUUUCUUUGGAUCAUCAUUAUUAGCUUAUCGAGCUAUACCUUUAUUAAAGAAAAAACCGUCAUCAAAGUCAAGGAUUGUUGUUGUUUCAUCGUUACUUGGAAUUAUUCCUGGACCAUUACGAACUGGAUAUUGUGCAUCAAAGUUUGCGUUAAAAGGGUAUUUUGAAAGUUUACAACAUGAGUUGGCACCAUAUGAUAUUUUUGUUACCAUGGCUUAUCCUGGAGCAGUAGUAACAGAAAUCAAUAAAAAUAGACUAGGCGAAAAUCCCAAAGAUCUUGAAAUGAAAAACGCAAUCUCAUCAGAAGAAUGUGCUCGAACUAUAUUCAAAUCGGUUUGUAGAGGUGAUAGAGAAGUUGUGUUUAUGGCAACAGGAAAAUUUGCGAGACUAGUGGAAGGAAUUUUUCCUGAUUUAUUAUUUAGUAUAGUUGGUAGGCUUUCACAAAAGUACUUUAAGAAAAGGACAUGA